AUGCGCUUCUUGUGCCUUCAUGGCUAUGCCACAAGCGCUGAAGUUCUUGAGGAGCAAAUGCAGCCGAUUAUCGCUCAACUCCCUAGCGACUGGGAAUAUGAAUUUCUAAAUGCGGAAAUGGAGCCAUCUGAGUUGAUGCUUCCUUCGUUAGAUCAGGCCCCAAAACCAAAUUACAGUUGGUACAACCUGCCUUUCUUUGAGGAUGUGGAUCGGGCUUAUAGACGCAUUACAUCUUUCAUUGAAUUGGAAGGACCCUUUGACGGAGUCUGGGGGUUCUCACAGGGGGGAUCGAUGGCUGCUCUUCUCCUACUCAACAAUCAUGCAGAAACAGGCGGUUCGAGCUUCCCAUUCAAAAUGGCCAUCUUCGUGUCGGCAUUCCUCCCCCACAGCUUCAGCUCUGGCUUGAUCACGUGGGACUUCUCCGAAGGCGAAAAGCUGCUCGCAACACAUGUACACGGAGAGUCAUGCGAGUCUUCCUGUGGAAAAGAUGUGGAUUGGAGGACCGAUCCACGGUCGUCAAUCGAUUUCGAUAUACUCGCGGAGAACCAGCAGAAGAUAGCGUUCCCUGUUCAUCUAUUACUCAAGCAUAGACCCAGUGGAAGCUUCGAAAAGAUGACUAUACCAUCUGUUCAUGUCCGCGGGCUCAAGGAUACGUAUCAUUUUGUGGAUGAUUCUGUCCUCGCCUUAUUCGACUCCGAUACAUCUAGAAACAUGACACAUCGUGGUGGUCACCACUUUCCCAGGUUUUCGGAAGAGUUGGUGAGAUUUGCCGAAAUGAUCAUCGAAACAGCUUGUUCCAUUACCUAA